AAGAGCGUCACACAACACAAAAGACCUCGGACCGCGGCAGUAGCAGGCAUCGAAAAGAACAGAAAGAAUCCAACUAACUCACGAUGGAGACGACCUUUGCACGCGUGCCCAAGCUGCACGACGAGGUGCCAGCUCUGCGCUGGAUGUACCCGUCCCAGUACGAGCGCGAUUGGGUGCGUUCGUAGCCGCACGAUGCAAGUAUGUCUGCUCUUGCCUUUCGCUAACGAUUCGUGACAUCUCGAUCUGUCCAGGUGAUCUCGUGGGAGCCAGGCUUCUGCAAGGAGUCGAUGGGCAUGGCCGUCGCGCUGUGCGCCGCUUACUGCGUCAUGUGCUUCGCCGGCCGCCGCAUCAUGCGCGACCUCAAGCCCUUCAACCUCAAAGUCCCGCUAGCGCUCUGGAACUUGGGAUUGGCCGUCUUCAGCGCCAUCGGUGCCUCCCGAACGGUGCCUUUCCUCAUCCACACCAUCUACCGCCGCGGUGUGUACCACUCGGUAUGCGCCCCGCCGACGCCUCACUACGGCCACGGUCCCGUGGCGCUCUGGAUCAUGCUCUUCAUCUUCUCCAAGGUGCCUGAGCUCGUGGACACGGCCUUCAUCGUGCUGCGUAAGAAGCCGCUCAUCUUCCUGCACUGGUACCACCACAUCACCGUGCUGCUCUUCUGCUGGCACGCCUUCGCUACCCUCUCGGCUAGCGGCCUCUACUUUGUGGCGAUGAACUACUCGGUGCACGCUGUCAUGUACUUCUACUACUUCCUUACGGCGUGUGGCUACCGACCGCGUUGGGCACGUCUCGUGACGAUCUUCCAGCUGAGCCAGAUGGGCGUGGGCGUCGCUGUGUGUGGCCUCAACGUGUACUACAUGAAGCAGGGCGACGAGUGCAGUGUGGACCCCGACAAUCUCAAGUGGGGCAUCAUUAUGUACUCGAGCUACUUCGCGCUCUUCCUCAAGUUCUUCAUCGAGCGCUACCUGCUGCGUAGCGCCAAAAAAUCCGCCGCAGGAGCAGCGAAGAAGACUCAGUGAGGCACUUGGACAACACAAAAAAAUGAUAUGCGAAAGCAAGGCUAGGAUUGUACUUGAAGUAGUAGUGAGCUGCCACCAAGGACAGCGAGUAGGCUUAACCAUGAUAAGCUUUUGAUUGCCUUUGCAAGGCUCAAAAUGCACCCAUCGUGUCACGCAUUUUGCCAGAAGA